GUCCAUGAUUGUAGAUGCUUCCAAUGAUCAGGACCUUGAAGCAGGAAAUAAGAAAUGUGCACAAAGAGUCCAAGAGAACCUGAAAUCCAGCCUGAAGAAGAGGUUUGAGUGCAUAUUUGAAGGGGUUGCAAAGUCAGGAAAACACACCCUCCUCAACAAUAUUUACACAGAGCUCUACAUCACAGAGGGAGACAGUCAGGGGGUCAAUAAUGAACACGAGGUGUGGCAGAUUGAGACAGCAUCCAGGACACAGACCACACAAGACACUGCAAUCAACUGCAAUGACAUCUUUAAAUCCUUACCUGGACAAGAGAAACCCAUCAGAACUGUACUGACGAAGGGGAUCGCUGGCAUUGGAAAAACAGUCUCUGUGCAGAAGUUCAUUCUGGACUGGGCAGAAGGAAAAGCCAAUCAGGAUGUUCACUUCAUGUUUGUUCUUCCUUUUCGGGAGGUGAACUUGAUUAAUGAUGAACAAUACAGUCUACUUGGGCUUCUGCAUGUCUUCCACCCUGAAACAAGAGGGAUUGAAAACAUUGAGUCUGAUGUUGACAAAGUUUUGUUCAUCUUUGAUGGUCUGGAUGAAAGCAGACUUCCCUUCAAUUUCCAACACAACAAGGUAUUGUCUGAUGUAACAGAGACAUCCUCAGUGGACGUGCUGCUGACAAACCUCAUUAAGGGGAAUCUACUUCCCUCUGCUCUCCUCUGGAUCACCACCCGGCCAGCAGCAGCCAAUCAGAUCCCUCCUGAAUACAUCCAUCGGGUGACAGAGGUACGAGGGUUCAGUGACCCACAGAAGGAGGAGUACUUCAAGAAGAGAUUCAGUGAUGGGAACCAGACCAACAGAAUUAUCUCUCACAUAAGGUCAUCCAGGAGUCUCUACAUCAUGUGUCACAUACCAGUCUUCUGUUGGAUUUCUGCUACUGUUCUGGAGCGGCUGCUGGGUGAAGCUGACUGUGGAGAAAUCCCUAAAAGUCUGACCGGAAUGUACACACACUUCCUGCUCAUUCAGUCAAACAUCAAGAAUCAGAAGUAUCAGGGAAGAAAGGAGACAGAUCCACAAAAGCUUCUGGGGCUGGAUAAAGACAUGAUUCUGAAACUGGGGCAGCUGGCUUUUCAACACCUGGAAAAUGGCACUCUCAUGUUCUAUGAAGAGGACCUGAGAAAGUGUGGCAUUGAUGUCACUGAAGCGUCAGUGUACUCCGGGGUGUGCACAGAAAUCUUUAAAGAGGAGUCUGUGCUGUAUCAGAAGAAAGUGUACUGCUUUGUGCAUCUGAGCGUCCAGGAGUACCUGGCUGCUUUGUAUGUCUUUCACUCAUUCACAAGCAAGGAUGCAUAUACAUUUAAUUCUGUUUUUGACUUGACAUUGUAUGACUUGCACAAAAUAUUUGUUCAGAAGGCGUUGGAGAGUAAGAAUGGGCACCUGGAUCUUUUCCUGCGAUUCCUUCUCGGCCUCUCACUGGAUUCCAAUCAGAACCUUCUCAAAGGCCUUCUGACACAGACAGGAAGUAACUCAGAGAGCACCAAGAAAACAGUCCAGUACAUCAAGGAGUUGAAGAGGGAUGAUCCCUCCCCAGAGAGGUGCAUCAAUCUGUUCCACUGUCUGACUGAAUUGAAUGAUGAUUCACUUCUGAAGAAGGUCCAGAAGUACCUGAGCUCAGCAAGUCAUGAAAGGAUCUCAGCUGCACACUGCUCUGCCCUGGCCUAUAUGCUCCUGAUGUCAGAGGAGGUGCUGGAUGAGUUUGCCCCCAGGAAAUACAACACCUCAGACGAGGGGCGCAGGAGACUGGUUCCAGCUGUGAGGUGCUGCAGAAAGGCUCUACUCAGUGGGUGUAAUCUAAAUGAGAAGUCCUGUGAAAGUGUGAUCUCAGCUCUACAGUCAGUCACCUCCUCCCUGAGAGAGCUGGACCUGAGGAAUAAUAACCUGGGAGAUUCAGGAGUGGAGCAGCUCUGUGCUUUACUGAUGAGUCCAAACUGUAAAAUACAGACUUUGAGACUCAGUGAUUGUAACCUUAAUGAGAAGUGCUGUGAAAGUGUGAUCUCAGCUCUACAGUCAGUCAUCUCAUCCCUGAGAGAGCUGGACCUCAGCUACAGUAAGCUGGGAGAUUCAGGAGUGGAGCAGCUCUGUGCUUUACUGAUGAGUCCAAACUGUGAACUACAGAUACUGAGACUGGGUUGCUGUAAUCUCACAGAGGGCUGCUGUGAUGAUCUGGCCUCAGUGCUGCGCUCACACCACUCAGAGCUGAGAGAGCUGGAGCUGAGAGACAAUGACCUGCAGGAUUCAGGAGUUAGAGCGCUCUCUGCUGGACUGGAGGAUCCACACUGUAAACUACAGAGACUGGGUUUAUCACUGUGUCGAGUCACAGAGAGAGGCUGUGCUUCCCUGGCUUCAGCUCUGCGUUCAAACCCCUCACACCUGAGAGAGCUGGAUCUGAGCUACAACCACCCAGGAGACUCAGGAGUGAGAGCGCUCUCUGCUGGAGUGGAGGACCCCAGCUUUAAACUGGAGACACUGCUUGUGGACCAUGGAGGAGAGAUUAGGCUUAAUGCAGGACUGAGGAAAUAUGACUGCCAGCUCACACUGGACCCCAACACAGCACACAGAGAGCUGUCUCUAUCUGAGGGGGACAGGAAGGUGACACACACACACAGAGAAGAGCAGCCAUAUCCUGAUCACCCAGAGAGAUUUGACUCCGUGCUGCAGGUGCUGUGCAGAGAGGGUCUGUCUGGGACUCGCUGUUACUGGGAGGCUGAGUGCAGUGGGGGGGCUGAGAUUGCAGUGGCGUAUAAAGGAAUCAGGAGGAAAGGAGGGGAUUUUGACAGUUGGUUUGGAUGCAAUGACCAGUCCUGGAGUCUGUGGUGCAGUGGUGUCGGGUUCUCUGCUCUGCACAAUAAGAACCGCACUUCCAUACCCCCCUCCUCCUCCUCCUCCCCCUCCUCCUCCUCCUCCUCCUCCUCCUCCUCCUCCUCCCCCUCCUCCUCCUCCUCCUCCCCCUCCUCCCGCAGAGUAGGAGUGUAUCUGGACUGGCCGGCCGGCACUCUGUCCUUCUACAGCGUCUCCUCUGACACUCUGACCCACCUGCACACUUUCCACACCACAUUCACUCAACCCCUCUAUCCUGGGUUUCGGGUUUGGGAUGGCUCAGUGUCCCUGUGCAUGCUGGGAUAG